AUGAAGGACAUUCUAAGUCAUAAGAAGGAUUGGAGAGAGACACAAACAGGUAUCUUCACUAAGGAAUGUAGUGCAAUCAUUCAGAACAGCUUACUAGAGAAGCUUAAAGACCUUGGGAGCUUUAUGAUACCAUGCACUCUAGGUGAUGCAUGUACAAGGAUAGCUCUAUGCGGCCUUGGAGCAAGCAUCAACCUAAUACCUGCUUCUUUAAUAAAGAAGCUCUGUUUGACUGAGGAAGUCAAACCAACUCGCAUGUGUCUUCAACUUGCUGAUGGCUCCAUUAAGAUACCAUCAAGAGUAAAAGAGGACAUAAUUGUCAAGAUUGGACUUUUUGCCUUUCCCAUUAACUUUGUGGUAUUGGACAUAGAGGGACACAAGAGUGCAUCUCUCAUCCUAGGAAGACGACGAACCCUCAACGAUGUUGAAAAAGAGGAAGUAACCCUAAGAGUUAAUGAGGAGAAGUUCGUACUGAAUGCUGUGAAGGCUAUGCAGCAUCCAGACAUUCCUAAGGAAUGCCUAAGCAUUGAUUUCGUUGAUUCCCUGGUGGAAGAAGUUAAUAUGGCCGAAAUCUCCAAGGACAGGCUUGAUGAUAUCCUCAAUGAUACUCAGCCUAAUUCAGAGGAACCUCUAGAAACCUCUGAGGAAAAGGAGAAGCCUCCUAAGCUUGAGCUUAAGCCAUUACCCCCUCCUUGA